CAGUCGCAGAUUUGGAUAUUUUCGAAACCAUGGCUUCUCAAACCCCAGUUCAAAGAGAUGUCAUAAUUGCGAUCGACUUCGGCACUACUUACAGUGGAUUUGGAUACGUUUUCCUGAACGCAUCUCAAAAUCAUAUCUACGUGUUUCAAAAGUGGGGAAGAGGACAAGGAAUGGGCUACGGAAAAACACCAACAGCUCUCCUCCUCACCGAGAAAGGCGAAUUCCAUAAGUUUGGACAUGCUGCAGUAGAGACGUACGGGAAACAAGCGAUGUCAAAGAAGGAUUGUAAAAAGCUUUUGUAUUUCGAUAAAUUCAAACUUCUGCUCCAUUCCAAAAAGGACCUAAAUGAGAGAACAGAGGUAAAGGCCAGGAAUGGGAAAAAGUGGCUUGCCUUGGAUGUGUUUGCAAAGUGCCUUGAGUACCUGAAGAAAACUGCGACAGAUGUCGUUAACGAACGGCAUCUCCGGUCAGAAAAGGACAAUCCCAACACAGAAGUUAUGUACAAACCCGAACAGAUCCAAUGGGUGAUAACAAUUCCAGCAAUAUGGCGAAUUUCUGCCAAGGAAUUCAUGAGAAAAGCUGCUUAUAAGGCUGGGAUUGCAAGCCCGGAGGAUCCUGACCAACUCAUCCUUGCCCUUGAACCUGAAGCCGCUUCGUACUAUUGUAGAAAGUUGCCUUUCGAUAUGUUUAAGGGACAAAAGGGAAAAGAGCUGGUGAAGGACACUUUGGACAUGGAAAAAGUUCCAUACAUGGUGGUGGAUAAUGGAGGAGGAACUUUAGAUAUCACCGUUCACGAAGUUAAUGCUGAUGACGGACAUAUUAUGGAAAAACACUGUCCCUCUGGCGGUACCUUUGGUGGCAUUCAUGUUGACCAAGAAUUUGAGCAACUGAUGAUAAAAGCAUUUGGAGACGACUUCAUCAGAAGAUUUCAAGAACAAUUCCCGAAUGACUGGCAAGUCAUAAUGAACCGCUUUGAGGAACAGAAGAGGGCAGAAGAGGAAGUGGACAACGAUGAAAUUAGUAUCGCUCUCCCUUUAAACUUUAUAAAGUCUUGUCAUCAUGACAUUGAAGAAGAUGAUGAUGCUAUCAAUGAGAGAAUUCGGCGAUCUUGUCCUGAAAAUGUGAGUGUCAGCAGCGACUAUUUGAACAUAACCAUGGGAAUGCUUGGCAACCUGCACCGUCCAAUUGUGACCAAGAUUGCGGAGAAGAUGAAAAGCUUGCUCGCUAAGCAAAGUCUUCAAGAUGUAAAGACAAUUUUUCUCGUCGGUGGUUUUUCUGAAGCUCAGUUUUUAAGGAGGGAAAUUUCCCGCUGCUUUCCUGACAAACGCAUUCUUAUACCACCAGAUCCCCAACUCGCCAUUAUUCGUGGUGCUGUAGAGUUUGCCCAAGAACCGAGUUUACUUCGAGCCAGGGUCAUGGGUAAGACAUAUGGUUUAAAUACCUGUAUUGUGUUCGAUCCUGAAAAACAUCCGCUCGAGAAACGAUUAGUUAGUCGAGAGAAAGUGUACUGUCGUGACAUUUUUAAAACCCUAGCCAAGAAAGGGGAACGAAUAGACAUUGACGAGAAAAGAACGUACAAUUUUUUUCCCAUCAAUCCGGAUUCGACGGCAUUAUCUUUCAAGUUCUACAGCACAGACGAAGAUGAAGCUGACUUUAUCUCCGAUCCCGGAGUGGUAAGUGAAAACGUCGAAAUUUUAAUUCCCAGUCCUAACACUGCUAAGGGAUGUGACCGAGAAUUAAGGGUGGAAGUAAAGUUUGGUGGCACGGAAACCAACGUUCAGGUCAUCGAUGUCGAGUCAGGUAAUAUUAAAAUGGUAUGUCUUCAACUCGUUUCCACAUCUUUGAUUCACUCCCGUUUCUAUUAGAACUAUGCUGAGUGGACCAAUGUGGACCCUAAUAUUUACUUUAAGAGAGGUUGAUCAAUAUUCUAAUUUUAGAGACUUGUUACCCCACCUCUAUAAUCGAAUAAACAAUGAUUGGCUUAAGGCCGAAAUUUCAGUCAUCAAGGGAGGACACAAAAGUCAAUUUUCAAACUUUUAAACAGCGUGUGGCUUCGGCGUUGCCAUCUUGUAGAAGCGUAAAUCGUGAGCCAGAGGUCCUGGGUUCAAGUAUCAAGCCAUCGAUAGGGGCUUUUAUCAUGUUUUAAUACGUUAGAUAUGAAUUUUUUUUAUUACAGAUUUCUCGGUCCCGUUAGUCUCUAUGCCUUAAACACUACUGAGAGUAAAUCGAUCCUAUUUUAAUGAACAUUUUUGUCAGCUUACAUUGCAUGUGAUAUUUGGUAACAUUGACUCGUUUAGGUAAGGCAGCUGAGAUUGAUUCCGACAGUUAGAGUCUUAUUUUAGUCAACGGCCCUUAGGGGAACACUCUUAUAUUUUCAUUUUAAAAAAAUGAAGUUAAAUGUAAUAGUUUUAAAUUUUUGAUCAGCUUAAUUCAUGCGCCAUUUAUAAUCAUGUGCAAGAGUCACACAAGUAGGUUAAAUGUAAUAUCAAAACAGUGCUGAUUGCUAUCUGCAAUCAAGUUGGUUCUUUUACACUAUAUAUCGAGUAGUAUGUUUUAGUCCGGUAUAUCUUUGUUCGCGGUUAAGAAUACUGCAUAAUACCAAAUAUUUUCUUUGGAAGAUGGGCUCAUAUAGGAUGUCCUCCGAUACGAAAUUGUUAGAAAGGAAUUUUUCAAAUGCGAGCAAAACUUAAGCUCUAUUAGGUAAUUUAGGUAAUAAAUACUAAAU